AUGCAGAAAUAUAUUAUUUUGUUUCUUGCUGCACUAAUUGCCGUCACCAGCGCGCUUCAAUGCUUCCAAUGUGUAUCUAACGAGGAUUCCGCUUGUGCUGUCAAUGAUGAAUCUUCUUUGGCUAAAUUUAAAAAGACUUGCGAACCAUUGAAAGACGGAGAUUUCAAGGGAAAGGCAGCAGUUGGAUGCCGUAAAAUUACACAGAGUGUUCAAUCGGAAUAUUCUGUUGUUCGCGAGUGCGCUUAUUCGGGUGGUCCAGUCGAUGGACUGAAAAAAACCGGAAACCAUGGAAUUCAACUUUAUUACUAUCAAUGCGAAAAUGCUAGCCCGGACCAGCCAUGCAACACUGUUGCCGUCAAAUUCUCUGCCAUCACUGUCGUUCUCUCCAUUCUCAUCUAUUGUUUGUUCCAUUAG